AUCAGAUCCAAUUAGACAACACAGCAUUACAGCGUGGAACCAAGCCAAAGUGAAAGGGGAGAAGAUGUGGCUGUCGCUUGGGAACCAUCUUUUCGAGCCUCUACCAUCAUUACAGUUGAGUUAAAGAGUCAAUGUGUUUCGCUUACAGGUAAAUUUCUGCACAUUGUUAAAAAAAAAGAAAGAGAAAUGGCUGCUCAUACCAUAUUUAAAGAUUUAGAUAGAAAAAAAAUAUAUAUGAUAAGGAAUAUGAAUCCACUGACUCAGUUGCAGCUUUACUCCACCGCCUAGAAAGAGCACAAACUAAAGGAUACACAUUCACAUGCCGUUCUUAUACAUAAAAAUGUAGUUCAUUAAAGCAAACCACUGCCAGCCUAUCCUGGAUGUACUCUGCCUCCAGUAGUUAGGGCCCGAGCGUAGCUGCUAAGCAGCUGCGAGAGCCCUCUUGUUCCUGAUGGAUUCUUCUUUCGUUAUUUUUCCUCCGCUUUAAACUGGAAAAUGGCCCACUUCCCACUGGCGAAAACUCAGGAAAUUUGGCAGGACGACCGGGCCUGGUGAAAAAUUCGAUAUUCUGAAGUCGCCCAAACAAAAAAAUGAAAAAUGGCUCCAUAGCGCCCCCUAUGGUGAAAACUCACCUGACGCCUGUACGCUUUGUCAAAAUGACACAAAAAUUGACACACAUGUGUAUCUCAAUAAGAUCUACAAAAAAGUCAGUGCGGGCGUAUCUGUCAAAUGUACCGUUAAAGGGCUAUUUCGCAUUUUUUGCCGAUCCGCACACAUUGGAAUUUCGCUAACUCCUCCGAAGGCUUUCCUUCCACCGGCACCAAAUUUGCUCAGGCCAAUCUACACCCCAUGGCCAUUAAAAGUUGUACAAAUCAUGACGCUGCACCCCACGGUUUAGGUUCUAGGGGGCGCCAAAGAUAACCCAAAAAGCCACAUUCUUAAAAGUCUUAUAACUUUUUAUUUUUGUCCUCACUGGCCUCCAAGUUUUCUAGGAUGAUGCAAUGUCCAGCCAUCAACACAUCUGUGAAGGAAUUUUUACUCCCCAAAAGAGCGCCCCCCCAUGGCAGUAGAAAAAAGUCCAUUUUUUCUUGUCCCCUAAGGUGAAAAUACACAUUGUUGAGUGUCACGCCUAAACGCUUUGUCAUAUUGACACAAAAUUUGACAAUCACGUGUAUCUCAAUAAGAUCUACGAAAAAGUCAAAGAGCGCGUAUCUGUAUAAUGUACGGUAAAAGGGCUAUUUUGCAUUUUUUGCCGAUCCGCACACAUUGGAAUUUCACUAACUCUGGAAUGUGGCUAUCGCCUCCUAAGGCUUUCGUCCCACCGAUACCAAAUUUGCUCAGGCCAAUCUACACCCCAUGCCCAUUCAAAGUUGUAAAAAUCAUGACGCUGCACCCCACGGUUUACGUUCUAGGGGGCGCCAAAGAUGACCCAAAAAUCCACAUUCUUAAAAGUCAUUUUGGCCACUGCAGGAGUACAGAGUACUGCAGUUCUAGGGGGCGCCAAAGAUGACCCAAAAAUCCACAUUCUUAAAAGUCUUUUUGGCCACUGCAGGAGUACAGAGUACUGCAGGAUACACACACAUACACACACACACACACACACACACACACACACACACACACACACACACACACACACACACACACUCAGAGUCUGUUUUUUAGCACCUGCAAAAACAUGCUGUUUACAUAUUUGACAAGAAUGCAGAGGCUUCCUUUUGCCCCUGAAAAAAAUCAGAUUUCAAACACAACUUGACUGUUCAUUUCUCCAAAAGACAACCAUGAAGCUCCAUCCAAACCUGAAGCAGAUAGUUGGUGCAUGUGUACAGUAACCUGAGGAGAGUGAGGUGACUAUUUCUGAGGAGAACAUGAGCAGUGAAGAUUCACCUUGGAGCUAGAACAGGGACGUGCACAUGAUUAUACAGGGGCAGGGGCUCAAGUUUUUUCCAGUCAUUUAUACAAUAUGGAAAUUAAUGUGAAAUUAAACCACAAAUAUGUGUGAUGAACUGUUUUUAAAACUUAAACUUCAAAUAAAAAUUGUAAACUUCAAAACAUAUGCAAAUUUUUAACAAAGAACAUAGUAAUUUACCUCUAUUUACAUCAAAAUGCAGGCAAUGGCCCACGCGUUCUUUGUAAAAUUAUUUACAAAACACUGUAUAGUCUCACAAAUGUCACUUUUUAUUUAUGCCACUACAAAAAAACAUGAUGUAAAUGAUGCAUGAUGUAAAACAUGAUGUAAAAAACUUGUGUAGAUCCUCCUCUAUGUCAGUCCAUGUUUAAUUUUUCCAUAAUUCUUUGUUUUUUGCAGCAUUUUUGUUAGUGUAACUGCAGAUUGUGCUGACUGUCUAUGGCAAAAAAAAAAAACUGAAAAUGCCUCAACAUGAACCCCUGGUGGUCUCUGAGGGUGAAACCUGCUAACUGCUGCAGCUCUGUCAGCUUCUGUCUCCCAUGCAGAGCUCGGAGCGCAUGUGUGGCUCUGCACCCUUAGCAGCGUUGCUAACUCCUCAGUAAGGAAAGCCUGCUUCAUGUCAGAGUCUCUAAACUCCAGAAGAAGUCGAUAAAAGUCCCUUUCUUUCUAAAAAAGUCGUUAGGGGGUCUGAAAAGUAAUUGAAUCUAACAACAAAGUCGCUAGGUUUGCAACUACGUGUCCCAGACUGCAUCCCUGCUGAGAGUCCCUCCCUCCCUUCUCAUGUUGCAGGAAGAACGUAAGCGCCCGCCCCUUGUCAAUCAGUCACCAUAUAAUUUUGGAUUGGUUGUUGUGGUGAAGUUUUCCACCAAUAGGAGAGAUGUUGUGGUGUGUUUUUUUUUUCUUUUGGCAAGCCUUUUCCGCCUGUAUGACCUGUCACUAAUGUGUGCAUGCAAUGUUUUCCUGUCUCAUACAGCACGAUCGAGCGCCGAACGUGAUCAAAAUAAGCAGAAAAAAAGUAUCGCGGACAUAAUUUAUCAUAACUCUGGUUUUAUUUGGCCUAUCAACACAAUUUAAAAACUGGUAUAUAGGUUGAGGUCCUCACUUUUGAGAUAAGUUGAAACGGAGAGUUAACGAGGCUCCGUCUUGCAGCUACAUCCGGUUAAAUAUGUCAUGUGACUUGAACGCUGGGGAGCGUCAAUCGAAUCGAAUCAAACCUAACUCUCAGAUGAAUCUUCAAAAUUCACCUCAGAAAUAUGCUUAUUAUUCUUCUCAGAGUACUGCAGGAUACACACACACACACACACACACACACACACACACACACACACACACACACACACACACACACACACACACACACACACACACACACACACUCAGAGUCUGUUUUUUAGCACCUGCAAAAACAUGCUAUUUACAUAUUUGACAAGAAUGCGGAGGCUUCCUUUUGCCCCUGAAAAAAAUCAGAUUUCAAACACAACUUGACUGGUCAUUUCUCCAAAAGACAACCAUGAAGCUCCAUCCAAACCUGAAGCAGGCAGUUGGUGCAUGUGUACAGUAACCUGAGGGGAGUGAGGUGACUGCUUCUGAGGAGAACAUGAGCACUGAAGAUUCACCUUGAAGCUAGAACAGGGACGUGCACAUGAUAAUACAGGGGCAGGGGCUCAAGUUUUUUCCAGUCGUUUAUACAAUAUGGAAAUUAAUGUGAAAUUAAAAAACAAAGUAUGACUGUCCUGUGUAGGUGACAGUGAUAUCCAAUAGGCUAGGCACUCACGAGGCUGGCUGUGGCAAGUGUAAGUGAAAGCAACACGCACUGGCAGGAAGAACAGCAAACGCCGAUGAAGGAAAAGGGUCUUUGCAGUGAUGGGCGUUACCAGAGAGGGCGAUGGCCAGAGGACACGAAUGGGACGGGGAGGCAGCGCGUUGGGGGGGGGGUGCGACACGGCUCGGGCCCGCCAGUGCCCCAACGGGGCCCUAGUUAGUUUUGGUUCCAGCCCCCAACCACAAAUUGCAGUUCAUAGUGGAUGGCUUUACUAAAGCUAUUGUAAUGGACUCUUUGGCCACUAGUGGGCAGAAGAACAAGGUUUAAACAACACUGCUCAGGUAUCAGUGUCAUUGUACUUAGUUUAAGUAAAAAGUCUUCAGUUAAUCUUAAUCACAGUUUUUUUCUGGCCCCAUGCUGCAACAUUCAUCACAGGUCCAGCUUUUUCUCUCUUUCUGUGCGAAAAGUGACUUUGAUGUGUUAGCUCAUAAAGUCAGCGUUUAAUUUACCAAGUUGGAAAUAAGCAAAAUCAGAGGUGGAAACAAGGUGGCUACAUUGACUAAAGUUAUUUUAGCCAUUGCCUUGUCCGAAUUUAAGGCAAGUGCUAAAAUAACUUUCGUAGAUGUAGCCAUCUUGUUUCAGGUCUCAGAUUUUGCUUUUUUCUGACUUGGUAACUGAAAUGCUGGGAACUCGGGUGUGACAUCAUUUUCAGCUCUGACAUCUGACUUCCGAGGUAACUCGAACGCACCAUAAGAAAAGAGCUAUGUUAUAGCACCGCUAAUGUAUCAUGGUUAAAAGAUCACUGUCUGACGUGUUGGUUUGAGUUGCCAACGCUAGUUGAGCUAGCACCAACAGCCUCACGUUGCACAUUAAGGUCCAAAUGCAUUUGCUGGUUCUGCCUGUGUAAUGCUUCUGUUCAUUUUACCAAACACCUCUGAUAAACUGCUGUUUUCAGAUCACAGCUGUGACAUGCUCACCUGCUUGGUUAGCAAAGCAUCAGGACCAUAGACUGUAUAAAGAAUGGACACCAUCUGCCUCCUUGCUGGGUUAAGCCACUCUGAGAACGGCACCCUCUGGUGACAGGCUGCAGUAUAGGUCAUAAGUCUCUCCUCCACCAGCCAUCCUUAUAGGGCUGUGGCCAAACAUUAGAAAUUAAUUACACAGAAUAUAAUUUUUUUUCUCCCCCCUGCUUGCGAUGUUGACAUGUAGUUACUGUGAGACUGCUUUCGACUGCUUUGUGCUCAAGUCCUCUAUUUUCUGUGCAGCUCCGUUUUUAAAAGUUAUUAGGGGGUUCAUGUUUUCUAUGAUUAACACUUGAUACAGCCUGUGGGUGUAUGAAGAUUAUGUAGCUGUAGAGGUGAAAUUUUUUCUUUUGGAGGAUGGUAAGGGAAGGUCCCGCCCUUCUACACCUCUGAUUGGCUAUAAGUGCUGGGCUUCGAUUGGUUAUUCUUUAUGACUGUGAAGCGUCAUCGUCUGUCGGGUUAGGGUAAGGGUUAGGAUUAGGGCUAGGGUUAGGCGAUUCAGAAUUGUGAUUGUGCUUGGUUUCAGGAAGUGGAGAAAAAAAUGGAUUAUUACUGAGAGCUUUUUGGCUUCAAAUCCAUAUACUGGCGGAGCACGAGACCAAGUUGUCCAUAUAGUCUAUGAUCAGGACAUUAUGGUGGUAGCAUGAGUUGUAGGUGGCUGUAUCACCAGCAUUUUGGGAUCAUGGUGACAGGAGUAUUGAAAAUGUGUUUAACCAGCUAGUUAUUCUGGUGCCAACUAGAGAGGGUGUCAGUGUGAAACUGGGAUUUAGUGGCUGUGUUAUUGUUAGCCAAACACCCCAAAGGACUUGUUGAGUUAUAAAAUUUCCUCCAUCCUCAGACAGAUGGUGUAAACCACAGUGCCCUCCAGGUUUCCAAAAGAUCUAUAUCUCAGAAAAACUGAAUAUAAAGAUUAUAUGAGAUACUGAAAGUAGGGCAAAAAUAACCCCAGUACUCCUUCUGCAUUCUUUCUCAGCUGAUGCUGAGCCCAGAGAGAGAGAGAAAGCAUCAGAUGGAGAGAGGAGGAGGAGGGUGGUUAGGGGAGGGGCUGUGUUAGGCAGAGAGAGAGAGAGAGCGAGAGAGAGAGAGAGAGAGAGAGAGAGAGAGAGAGAGAGAGGCGGACACUCAGCGGCAGCAGGUUUGUGAGAGCAGCAGCCCAGAGGAGGAGGAGGAGGAGGAAGAAAGACGAAGAAGGAGGAGGAAGCGGAGGAAUCAGAGCAAGAGAAAGCGUGUGGCUGCAGUCAGGAGGGACACAAACACAGAGAGGAAGAGGAACAAAGAAAAGCAGGUAAGAAAACACAUCGUUUCUGCCCACGUUUCAGUCUCUUCAAGCUGUAGGUGAACGUGUUAAGACGCUCCAGUCCAUCCAGUAAGCAUGAACGUGUUUUCUUUCGCCUGUCUGCCAGCUGCCAGCUUUAGUAUGAGGAGAAAACGAAGCGCCGUAUCACUGCAGAGUGAUGCAGAGAGAUGGAGGAGGGAGAGUGGAAAAGGAGGGAGGGAGGGAGGGAUGGAGGGCUGAACAUUUACCGUACAGACAUGAGGAAGUAAGAAUAGAGAGAGGUGGAGGAGGGAACACGGAUGACAAAUAAACAUCUGUCUGUGUUUUGUUGUGUGUCAGUGAUAGUGUUUGCUCGUGCAGCAUCUUGGUGUCAUUAGAGUGUCUCAGCUGUCAGCCUCAGUAGUUCCCCUCCAUGUUGGACACGAGAGAAGUUUCUGUUUGACCACACCCUCCAGAUUAGAUCAUGGGUGCUUUGUGGUCCCAUUUGUAUGAAAGGUGUGAGUCUGGGAUAUGUGAGUGUGUGUGUGUGCGUGUGAGAUUCAUGUUGGAUGUUGGCCAAACAUGCUUAGUGUUGCCUCCUAUUACUGUCACCAGGCGCUGGAUAAGCUUGUGUGUGUGUGUGUGUGCGUGUGUGUGUGUGUGUGUGUGUGAGCACUGUUCAUUCUCAGGGAGCUGAGCCAAGAUGCUCGAUCAUGAUCUGACCAAGAUGUUGUCAGUCUCAGCUGUGAAUGUGUGUGUUUGUAUGUGUGUAUGUGAGGACACCUUAAUAGAUGAACCAACCGCUGGUGUGUGAGUGUGUGUGUGUGUGUCUUUAUUUACCAGUGUUGUGUCAGUACAUAUAGUACAUCAAGGCUGUGGUGUUGAUACUCACCAGCCUUCUGCUCCUUCAUGCUUUGAGUUUUGAUAAAGAGGAAAAUUCUGCAGCAUAUUUGUGAAAUCCCAUGGCUCGGAAAGAUUCUGUUAUUUUGGUCCUGAAGCGCGGCCUGUUUACAACAGCUUUCCUGAGCAUUUGUUGUUUUAUAAUCUCCAUGCCAAGGCGUUUUCACAGCUCUGUGGACAAUACAUUUUCAUUAACAGCUGUUAUAUUGGAGAGGGUCUUUCCCAUGGUCCGUGUGCUCUCACAAGCAUCACCAAAUCUGCUCCAGAUGGCACGCUCUGCAUUAAAACAUGCUUAGAAAUACACAUGAAGAGCUCACACAUCGACAUCAGGGAGUGCCUGACACCAUCAUUGAUCAUUUACAGUAAGUGUAUUGGUUAAACCGUUACCUUAUUUCACCUAUCUGAUCUGGAUAUUACACUGCUGAUGAUGGAGAUGAUGUAAAAAACAGUUCCUGAUCAGAAACAGUUUCAACUUAUUGAAGCCACCUGCAUCAUUUCAGACACUCUUAUAGGUUUCCUCACCCUCCACUCAGAGCUGCAUUACUCCUCAUGUGAGGCAGUCAAGGAAGUAAUCACGGUGAUCAGAGGACAGGAGCAGUCCAAAACUCUACCAUAUGCAACUAAAUAUUGUUGUCUUUGCAAUAUCAGCUCCACAGAUUUCAGAGUCGAUCAGUGUACUUUCCAUAUCCAGUCCCUCAGUAAUAAAAGGGAUUCGGCGAUAUACUUAAAAUCUGUUGUUAGCUGACUAUGUUUAUGGAAGGCUGCCAUCUUUGUUGUGGUCUGUCAUCCAAUUAGAGGGUCUAUUUAUGAUUGGCUGACCUGUAAAGGCCCAAUUAGAAGUCAGGCUACACACCAACACCUGAGUGUCUCAUGUUCUGAAACACUGCCUAAGGUUAUUAAGGACAAUCAACUUACAGUACAUUUACAUACACAGGUAAGUCAUGGCUCGAUCAGACAACACAGUUACUUUUACAGCUCUGUGCCAUUUGUAUAUUAGGAAAGAUUCCUUUUUUUCAUCUGGCAAGGUUUUGUUUACUACCCCGCUUUCUUGCAACACUUUCCUGCUUGCUUCUAGCUCAAAGCCUGGCGUGCAAAGCAUUGAAGCAUGUGAAGAACGCUCACACCAAAUUUAGUCGUUUGAGCCUUUAACAUAACAGAGAAAAUAGAUCUCCAACCUCCGGGUUUGUUAAACCAAUUAUGAGACAUUCAUUUCAAGGUGAUUUCAGUCGGGCUAACAAGUUUAUAUUUUCAGUCAGACUUAAGGGAAAAAUUAAUUUUUGUGAAAUACUGACUGUUACAUUAUAUGUACAGUACGUUUUGCCAAUGUUCAAACCUUCUCCUUAGUCAGGCUUUGGCAUUGUGAAGAAAAUUCACUGCUGUGAAUAUCAUAAAACUAUGACAUUAAACAAAGCUAAAAGCUAACCAAGGCCUAACCAAAAUCAAACUAUCUAAUCACAAACCAGACCUUAACCACUGUAUGCUCACAUCUCACCAGAAGUUUUGAAAAAUGAUUUUUAACUGUCCUUAUAGAACAGCUGACCCCCCAAAAAACCCUCUCUGGUAAAAGGUAGAUCCUUCAAAAACUCAUACAUCUGAGCUCAUAUUGGACAAGGCAUCACAGAGACUUUGAAACCUGAAGAAACGGCCAAUCACGGGCCUCCUGAACUUGCUGAUGUCACAGCACCACAAGGGCUGGUCUCUAAAAGCUUGUGCCAGUGUAACCAAGAGUAAGAAGAUUUAAGAAACAUAAAGAUUGCAUGGAGACAGAGCGGAGAGGAAACAAGAAAAUGUGUGUGUGUGAGUGUGUAUGUGGGGACGGGAUGCAGGAUGCCAGAGCUCGUGUAUGAUGGAGUCCUGUGAGCAAAAAAGCCGAUCCGUUUAUGAAUGAGCAUCUCAAGUGUGGGUGAGCAACAUGAAGCAUCACAUUCAGUGUUAUUUUGGUGAGCAAGUCUUUAAUUGAACACAGGAUUAUGAUUUUAAUGCAGGAGCAAUACACUGGUAACAGCUGAUCUGUCUGCGCUCCAGCUAAAUGUGUCUGGAUGAGCGUUAUGUGACGGAGGCUGUUAUAUGAUCAGCUGACUUCUGACCUCACUGCAGCUCCAGCAUGUUUGUGUGAUCUGCAGCUAAGCUCUUAACUAGAUUUGAAGCGAAAAGUCAUAUUUGUGGGGAUGAAAUGCACAAAGUGUGAUCUCUGACUCUAUUUGUGGAUCAGUGACGUGUGCUGAUGUUGUGUUCAUAGUACUGUAUUUGCAGUGAGGAUAUAAAGCGCUGACCUGCUGCUUCCUGAAGUCACAGACUUGAACUUGGACUCAUGUCUGCAGGUUUUCUCACAGCUGCAAAACCAGAGGUCGUACACUGAUUCAAGUAUUGACACUAUGCUAUAGGGCUUGUAUCACAAUCACGAUUACUUUGACUGACAUUGACAUCAUGACUAAUAAAAGAAUAUCUAUAUCCUAUUUUUAAAACUUUUGUUAAAAAUUAUUACUCAUGAUUUGUCAUCUGCAUCACACUCAUGCGCAACUCAAAACCUCAUUAGAAAUUAAAAACUCUUUAAUACUUGAAGAAUAAAACAGGGAAAAUCUGUUUAAUACACCUUUUUGGUUUCAGCAUUUCUAUCUAACUGGAUGAUUUGGUUUUUCGAAAAGUCACAUGUACUAGAACUGAAAGAGACCAUGCAUCAAUUAUUUACCUUACUUUAAAAGCUCUGAAUAAACUUUGGUGAUAAUUCAUUUAAUCAAAUGUCAUAUUUAGCUUGAAGUAAAGCAGGAUAAUGUUAGCUCUUUGACCGCUCAUAUUCACAGGCUGCAGAUCUAUCAAAUCAAUUAGUCUUUUCAAGUCUCUAUAUAACCUCCUUUAUAAUUUCAAGGCUGGAGUUUAAAUUUGAUUAUGAUUCAGAAUGAUGAGUCACUUUUUAGCUGCAGUCAUUGACUGGUUAGUCACUACAACCUCUCGCUCUCAAUCUGUCCCUCGGCUUUUCAGACACUCUCAGAUACACAUACCUGCUCCCUCCUGCUCCUCUCCCUGCUCUCUUCUCUCCACUGGCAGCUUUGUGAUAGUUUGUGUUGCUGUUGGAAAACAUGUUAAAGAUAUAGCUGCCCACCAUUAUCCUAGCUGUAGCCACAACUUCCUCAUGUUCCCAAACUUUGCUUCUCAUUGAUCUGAGCUGCUUAUAAUAAAAGUGAAAGUGAGAGCUGUCUGGAUAGUCAUGUUUUUAUGAUUGCAUCCAAAUUUUUAUAAACAUCAAAAUCCGGUUGAUGGCCCAGAUCUACAAUGUGUACUAGUAAACUCUUCUCUGUACGCAAAAGGUGGCUGCUUUGGCUGCAAUGUUAGCUUGUCAUAACAGCCUUAAUUUGUACCAAAAUUAUUGGUAGCAGCCAACACGAGCCAAUAGUGAUUAUUACAGAAAAUACUUGAAUCAAAAAGAAACAGCUUUGAAAACAGCAACACAGUGAAAGCUAACAUUAGCCUGAGACAGAAAGCAGAUGACAUUUAGCUUUGACAUUGCAAUUGGUAGAUUUACAAACUUAGUUACAUGUCUGAGAACCAUGUGGUCGCUCAUCAGCUCAUUAGCUUUUAACGCUCUUAGUUUAUGUCUAAGAACGGGCUUGUCGCUUGUAUUCCCACAGUCCAAUCGUCAGUUUUAAAGAGGGACUCCCACCUCUACUCUCCUUUACCAUUAUUCGUUAUAACAGGAAAACAAAGUGAUUAAAAUGUCUGUUUGUCUGCUUUGGGUUCCCGUAGGAUACGACUCAAUAAAUGGUGAAAAUCAAACAGGCUCAUCAUCAUCUAACUGUGUAAUUGAGGGGAUGCUUCAGGUGCAACACUUAGCAGAAAAUGAGUCUGUUGGUGACUGUGGUGUGAAAUCUCAAAGGGAUGAGUAAAGCUGUUUCUUUUACCGUAAACAAAACAAUGACUGAUGUAUCAACAGUUGUUUUAGUCUUCACCAGCUGAUGACGGUUUCACCAGAGGCAAUUUUAGAUUUUCUCUCUUUGCAGCACCCACACUGAACCAUGACUGCCAAUAUCAAAUCAAAACACAUACUUAGUACCCAGAACCACCACGCUGACACUAAGACGUCAAUGUGUUAUGUUAGAGGCAGCUGAUGAAGCCCCUGGAAGCCGGCCUGAAACAGAGGAGAGUAGCAGAAGUCUGGUAGGCGUAUGUCUUUGUCACUUCUAACUUGUAGACUGCAGCUUCAGUCGGCAUUUAUCAGACCUUGCUCUGCUCCCUCUGGAGCCACAAAAGGCUUUGUACAGCUUUUUUAACAUAUGCAGUAUCACCCCCAAGACAUUUCAGUGACUUUGAUGUGAAAAUCUGUUUCUGCUGCCCUAAAAAUAACUUCAUUUCAAUAGAGUUAUAUCAAUCAGCGCAUUCUUGCAUAAAUCUAUGCAGUUUCUGCUGCUCUACUGACUUUGGAGAGCUUUUUAUUUACUAGAAUGAUUUUUAACAUGAAAUGACAGUUUUUAAUUCUAUAGCAAUAAAUGACAAGGUUUUUGAAAUUAGGGAGCUAACAUUAUACUGAUCUGUAUCACCCAGACUGCAGUGCAACCAUAGCUUAUUCUUUGAAGACUAAAUAAAUAUAUCUUCAUGAAAAUGUCACACUCUUCAAGGUAUUCCCUCUCUCUGUAUGAGCAUAACCCCCCUGUGGAGACGCUCACACACACUUCACUUUGAUGACCUCACCAUCACCAAAUUGACAUUGAUCAUCCAUCUGCAGGUCAGAUCGCUAAUAAGCUGCUCAGCUGCAGCCUGUAAAUAUCAUUUAAUUGAGCUUCAAAUGUCACUGAGGUACAAUUAAAUGUCAGUGGGGUCCUUCCUCUUUUGUGCGACUGAAACACACUAACUUUGAAAGUGUUUCUCUGUGUUAAUUACAGACACAAGCUGAAGUACCAAAUCAUUCCUGGUGACUCUGUAUUGAUAGUUACGUAUAUUUCUUUCCUUUGGGUUGAAAUUAUGGAGGUUAGAUGAAGAAAACCGACUUUGAUCUGACACGCUUGAGAAAGCAGAGGCUGCCUCCUGUGUGUUGAUACUCCUGACAGAACAAAGAAAGAAGUGCUUCCUUGCUCCUCCUACUUCCCUCUCCCUCAUCUUUUCUCUUGGCUUUGUCAUUAUUCAUGAGUUUUUUGCUACAUCUGUCUGUCAGUCUGUGACUUUGCUGUAGUUGAUCAUAUUCUGACUGUACCUUCAUUGCACAAGGCCAAAAAUGCAUCAGGAGGAGAGGAAAAAAAAAAAAAGGCAACUCAGGGACUGUAAGUUUUUACAUAAAUCAGCAUUCAUCAAUGCAAAAUAGUUCAGCCAACAACACUGUGCUUCCUGCACUGGUAACAUUAUUGAUAUCCUAUAACUUGAAUGUUCAUAAAAGUCUUGGACACUUGGUUGCACAGAGUAAAGUGGACAUUUAAUUAUCAUAAUUAUGUAGUUUUGUUCAGUGCUUUGAUCAAUACAUCAAUCAAGCUUUAUUUCCACAGCAACUUUCACACUCAUCCAAUGCAAGCCAGUCUGCAACAAGAAAAUACAGAAAAUAAUUUCAAAACAUGCAUAUUAAAAAAAAAAAACUGGAUUUAGAAUUAGAGGCCUAUGCACAACACAAAGUGAGGACAUUUCUGCAGAUUUUUGUGCAAAAAGACAUGCUAUCUGUUAGUCCAUACCAUUAUGCCAAAUGUAGUAUAACAACAGUAGUAAGUUGUGCUGUUGGACCAGAUUGCAUGCUGCAGUUUUUAUGCUCUGUAUACAAGUUUGAGGUCUGGACUGAAAAGGAGCAUGACAGACUACAUGCAAAAUAAACUCUGACAGGGCCCAAAGGGGAAAAAAAGGAAAUUAAAAGAGAUACUGAAUAUGUUUUUUUUUUCUCCUUUGAAUGAAAUCUGUGUGGCAGCAAAAUGAGACCAUGCACUUUCCUGAAGACAAGUAGAUUCAGUUUGUGUUCACAGCCUCUGUAGCAGCUGUGUGAAUCAUUUGGUUCAUAUAGAAAAUAUUAGCAUGCUGAUUAUAAUGGUAUUAAUUACCAAGUUCACCCAGCUGAUUUUGUCUAUUCAUGGUGUAAUGCUAUUUAAUUUGCAACCAUUAAUCAAACUAUUGGACAGUUUUGGAUCAUCUCAUAAACAGUUCAUAGUGAUGAAGAUGCAAAAGCUGUAAAAACCUCAUGACAGUGUUUACUGACUAUUUCAGGGACAUGUCAAAUCAAACAUUUCAAAUGAAGAAAAAUCAACAGUUUUAACCAAACAAGCAUGUGAAUAAAUUUACAGAAAAGUCUCCCUGCAAGACAACACAACAUAAUAAGCAUCAGGAUGAAGACACCGUCCAGACACAAAGACAUGAACAGCCCAGUGCUGAAUACAUCUGGACUAUCUGGCCCUUUGUGGUGUUUCCCGCUGUUUGCCAUCAGACAGCUGUGUGAUACAACCAGAUCUGGUGGUUAAUGUUAUUGACUUGUGUUUUGCAGGAAGCAUGGAGGAUAUUGAGCGGAGUGACAGGGCUAAUGAUCAGUGAGGGCUGCACUAAUCCAGCUGUCUAUGCAGCAUUUUAGAUGGCUGUGGGUUUAAAUCGAUUAUACCGUUUCCAGGGCUUAAUAUGAGAAUGAUAAGUAGCUGAAAUGAUAAUGGUAACGUUUUCAUUUAUUACAUCAUUGGUUAAAACUCUCAGUUCAUUGAUUCCCUUGAACAAAUGUCUGCUAAACUGAGGACACCCCUCUGAUCUGCAGGGAAAUAUAGCAACAGCAUAAAAAGAUGCUUAACGGGUCAGCGAUUCUAUUUCUUUUUUCCUUUUUUAGCCAUAUUAGAUGUAUAUAUGAUACAUGUUAGAUAAAUGUAGCUGCCAGGUUUUAAAAGUGGAACCAAUGCAACAUUAAUUAAACCUCAAUAUUUUUCUAAUGACGUGCAGGAAGGGAGCUACUGUGGUAGCAUGAAACCACAUUGGGAAAUAAUUAUUUAUCACACCUGCACUCUACCUCAGUUAACACCUCCCCAUGAUGUCGUUUGUUAGUUUCAAAUUCUCUGUAAUACAGGGUGAUGUUUAUUUUUUUUACUUUGCAUCCCAGUGAGAGUUAAACAGGAACUACACCUGCUGUAACAGAUCAUGUCUAUGUUUGUCCAGGUGUGGCUGCUUCUGCAAAAAGAAUGUCACAAUGCAGAACCAAUAGAUGCAGUCACAGUGGAUAUGUCCACUCAUAGUGAAUCUAAAAAGCUGCAUUAACCUCCUGAGGAACAUAUCACGGGUUAGAGGACUGUGAAAAACUGGUCUUGACUGCUAUAACAAAAUCAGAAAAUAUAAGAUCCAUUAAAACUGUGAUUUUUUUAAACUUUGGUAUUUAAUGGCUUGUUUAAAUAAACUAUAAAUAUUUAUUUUAGAUGAUGGAAAUGUCUCAUUUUUAUGAUUUGUAUAAACUUUCUCACAGUAUUUUUACUGUCUUGUGUAAAGCAUUUUGAAUGCAGGAAUAUUCCUUAUAUAAGCGUUGUCAUAUUUUACCUUGUGCACAGACAUACAUGCUUGUGUAAGUUCUUGUUGAAGUGCAGUGCCUUCAUAUCAUGCGAGGGUUACAAACACAUCACUGUUGACAGGAAAAAGUACAGUCUGGGUAAUCAUGUUUGUCAAAGGGGAAGUUUGUGAAAAGAGUGCAGUGCAGUUGAAAUCCAACUUUUCAAUGCAGAUGGUGAGCAUUACACCUGCUGAUAAAAAAGCCUGAUUGAAGAUUGAAAUCAAUUUUAUCAAUUUUUUAUUAAAGCUUUGCAGUCAUGGACAUUUUUGUUUAGAUGUGAGUUAAUCAGAGCAGAGAAGCUAAAUCUCAUGUUCUUCAGUUACAGAAUGAUGUAAAUACUCUCAUUAGAGAUUGAUGAGCUGCUAAAGACAUUAAGGUCCUCUACCAUUAAGAGUGCUGUGACACAGUACCUCAGUUGUCUCACACAGGUUUGCACCCUGCUGUCCGACACACCACCACAGAGUGCUGGAGUUAUUAAUGAGAGCAGCACUGAAUGUUUAUCUCACCACCACAGCUCUUUAAAGCCAGUAGGUGUCCACAUACACACCUACACAAUCACAGAUGUGCUGUAAAAAAAGGGAAGUCUACAAAGGGAUGAUCUAUGGCCAUAAUUAGUGCCUUUAUGUCAGGUGUUUGCACACACUACUGUUCAGUUGAUCCUAAAGUUGGAAAGCAUUAAUUUGCACCUGAAUGAAAUCUCUCAUUGAAUGUCUUUCCCUCUCCUCCCAGGUUUCCUCUCCCCUCACCUCACUGACCCAUGAAAGAAGCCAUGCCAGUCCUCACAGCAGGAGCAGGUGAGAUGAGUUGGUUCAUAAGCUUGACACAUACUGCCUGUAGCUCGCUGUGCUCCAUCUGUUCAUGCUAAAUCCAAACGGUGGGUUUUCUUCUCCCUCCUGUGCAGGUCUGCACGAGACGCUGGCCCUGCUGACCUCUCAGCUGCGGCCUGAUGCCAAUCAUAAAGAGGACAUGGUCUUCCUCAAAGACGUCUUCAGUGAGAGGAGUUUGGGAUACCUCAUGAAGGUGAGGUUGUUACCACUGUAUGACAUCCAUUAUUUACAUGGUGAUGCAACAGAGCGUGUUAGACAGACAUGUCUGAGGCGUUUGUUUUUAAGUUUUAGCGUUAUUAACGUAUUUUUCUUAAACAGUAUCUUAUCAGGCACAAGUCCAGAAAUAUAUCUUAAAUAUUACAUGCCAAAAAUAAAACCUGAAUUGAUUGUAAUGAGUUUUAAAAAUCAGCCAAUGGAAAAGGAAAAAUGUAACUUAUCAGGUUCUUGAAAUAAGACAUUUUCUCUAAUUCAUUACAUUUCUUGUAAUAUGACAAUUUCACUCAAAAUAAGACAGAAAUAUUGCAGAGAUUCUAAUUUUUGCAGAUUAGACACUCAAAUCAGUAUGACCACUUCAAUGUCCACCACAUCAGUUUACAACAACUAAGUAAAAAGACCAUGGUCCCCUUACUCCUUUGGUCCGGGUGGUAUGAACGCACAAGCGAAUUGUAGCCUGGAUCAAACAAACAGACCAUGGUCCUUGAAAAGUCAGUCCCCUUCCAAACGUACAAUGGUCUGGUCUAUGGCGGGUGUGAAUGCAACCCUGAUGCAGCCGGACAUUUAUAUGUCAAUAUAAACCAAUAACACAUUUACACUGGGUAAUUAUGUCCUGCUGGAGGUUGCAGCAGACAGAGAACAGCCGGUCAAAACACCGGGCUGUUCAUAAAACUUGAUGAAUGGCAGAGGUUUUGUGUUCUAAUACAAGAGUCAGCUGAUAAAUAUUAAAUACUUUGGUGUUCUUUUGUUCAUCAAAUAUGCUGACAAUGUGUUAUAGGCAUUCCUUUGAAUUAAUGCACAACGUCUCCACCACCUCUGAUGAAUUGCGUGAAGCAAGAUGCCUUUUGUUCUCUCUGGUCAGCUGCUUUCUGUGCGUUGUGGGACAAUGAAGAUUGUCUUGGAUAGAACAUUUCUUCCUCUGACCUCCUCUCUACACUGACUUUCAUACUGCUGUCUCACAGGUCCUCCUUCAAGAGGUUACCUGCUGAAAAUGAACGUGAGCAUCGGGAAAAAUUAGCUUCUUGUACAAAUCAUAUAUAUCUUACAAGACCUUGUGAUUCGAGAGUACUGUCCACAUGUGAAGCUACAGUAUGUCAAACUUAUUCAAAGUUUUGAAAUGUGAUUUGGCAAUUUGUUAAUUGUGGGGAAGGGUUUUUGGUUUUCUGUAGCUUUUACUUGAAACUAUCUGAUGCAAAAUAGCAAAAGUGGAAAAAUCUGUAAUUCCAGUAAAUUUCGUUGUUGAAACUCUGUGUUGCUGCCAUUCUUGGCCAGCUCACCCUUGAAAAAGAGAUCUCUGGUCCCAGUAUGACUAAGUUGGCUAAAGGAAGGAAGGAUAAAUAUUUAAAUGAUUCUCUGGUUUAUGUUUACAUCUACUUUACCCAAUUUUUUUCUAUAUGUGCAUUUCUCUCCCUAUGGUUUCAUCCAGUCUUUUCAAUCAGUAAACUGUAGUUUUAAAAUACCUGCAAAUGGGGGAAGUCUGCAAAUAUUCCACUGGGGGAAGAGCGUUCACUGGUUUGACCUCAGUGAUUUCACACUCCUGUGAAUAACAGCAGGAUCAACCAGAUUUCCAAAAAGUCUUGAACACAGUUUUAACCUUGAAUUUGUCAAAUCAGUCUCUAAACUUUCUCCUCUCUGCGUGUUUGUGCUUCAGAUCCACGAGAAACUGAGACAGUAUGAAAGACAGAGUCCGACACCCGUCCUUCACAGUGCCUCCUCCCUGGCAGACGAUGUAAGUUCAUCUCACACACACACACACACACACACACACACACACACACACACACACACACACACACACACACACACACACACACACACACAGUCCUCCCACACACACUCGCCCUAAAUUACUUUUCCACUCGGGCCCUGCAGUCAGUCACCAUGAGUUAGCUCUGACAGAGAAGCGAUGCAGGUAUCAAAAGUGAAUUUUAAUGUUGUCAAAGUGCUGACUCAUCCUGAUUCUCAUCUAAUGAAACUCCAUCUCCUCACCAGUAAGCAGCGGGCUGGAGGAAACUGCUGACCUCAGCUGCUCGCCACUUAUCUCCCCCCGUGUGCACGUCUGUGUAUCUGUCUGUGUUUAAUCUACAGGAAAGUGCAGCCAGCAUUACUGGCAUACACAUGCUCAGGUUCACCUCAGGUCAUGGUUUCUGUGUGUUUUGUGAUCCUCAGGUGGCGGAGGAGCUGCAGAGCGGGCCGAUGAGCACAGAGGAGAAGGAGCUGUUGCACCUGCUGACAUCGCCACAUCUGAAAGUAAAAACCUCUCAGCGUUUGAUCAAGAGAAGCACCAGAAGAAGCACGUCUGCUCUGUGUUCAGACCCUAACUUCUUCUCUGUCUCAUCAGGCUGUUCUCUCUGUGCAUGACACUGUGGCUCAGAAAAAUUUCGACCCUGUGCUGCCGCCGCUGCCGGAUGAUUUGGAGGAUGAGCUGGAGGAGGAGUCAGUGAAGAUUGUCCGGCUGGUGAAGAACAAGGAGCCUCUGGUGAGCUGUGAAAGGAUUAGAGAGGAGAGUAUUACAGCCUGCAGGAGUGGAAGAGAUGAUAUUAUUCUUCUUUUCUGUUUCUGUUACCCAGGGAGCCACUAUUAGACGAGAUGAAGCUACUGGUGCUGUGAUCGUGGCCCGGAUCAUGAGAGGAGGUGCAGCUGACCGGAGUGGUGAGUUCUUCUAAUCUGGUCUCUGCAGGUUUUAAAAACCUCCACACUUCUUGUGUUAUCAAAUUAAUUACCUCAACAGGUUCAUAACAGAGAGCUGGAGGGGAAGGCUGUGGAAACACAGAUUUUUCUCCUCAUUCGUAUGAAUGUGUUUUAAAGAUUUAACUUCAGGAUGAGAAAUGAUUCAUGGACACAAAACUUGAUCAAAACUAUUUCUAAAAGUGAAUCCAAGAAUAUGAGUGUUAACAUCUACCACAUAAACAAAGCUUUAAAAGAGGACAAUAAUGUAAAGUUGGGAAAAUGUAGAUCAUUAAUGGUUCAUGUGUACUAAAGCUCCUAUGAAGAACUUUUACUCUGGGUUGAUCUCAAGGUAUCCUGCUUCUAAUUUUCAAAUUCACUUUAUCAGACACCUGCUGCAGUUUUAGAUGUAAAAAACUAUGACACAGACAAUUUUCAUUAUGAUUAUCAUAUUUUUAAAGGGAUAUUCUGGUGUAAAAUCAGGGUCAAAAGGGUCAAACACACUGUAACACAGAGUUAGACGCCCCCUCGAGAGAUGAAUGUUGCCGACGCUUGCUUCUCAAGUCAACCAACUUUAGUAACAACCACACGAUAGAAAUACACAGCGGUCUACGUCUCCACGUGCAAAGCUCUACCAAAAAGCCACUCUAUAGCCACAAAUAAUGCUCAGAACAGCACCUAACUUCAUCAACAGAACAUAUAGGGUCCCAGCCAUAGUACUAGCCACCAAACAUCUUUUUAGCUUUGCCUAGUUUCUUUAGCAAAGAGACUAAAAACAACUUACCUCCUCUCCUCUAGCAGCCACUUGUUUGUAGGGAAGCCCUGACGAGUCGAUCACCGAGUGCAGCAGAUCAUUUCCAUGAAGUAAUAACCAUCAUAAUAAUCAUUUUGCACUGCAGACACAGUAGUUCCUCUGCCUUAGUGUCUCGGUCUGAUUACAUUUCCAUGAAGUAAUGAUCAUAAAUGUUCUUCCUGGAGCUGCGAAACUCCGCUGCACUCUGUGAUCAACUUGUCAGGGCUCGCCCCCCCACACAAACAAGUUGCGACUGGAGGAGAGUGGGUGAGUUGUGAUUAGUCUCUUUUCUAAACAAAACCAGGCAAAGCUAAAAGGAUGUUUGUUGGUUAGUGCUAUGGCUGGGACUCUAUAUGUACUGUUGAUUAAGCUAGGUGCUGUUCUGAGCAUUAUUUGUGGCUAUAGAGUGGCUUUUCGGUUGAGAUGUGCAUGUGGAGACAUAGACAGGUAUGUAUUGAUAUCGUGCCACCGUUACUAAAGAUAGUAUAACAAGAGAAUCAAGAAGUCGGCAACAUUCAUCUCUUGAUGGGGUGUCUAACUAUGUGUUAUGGUGUGUUUGACCUUAACUUAAUUUUAUGCCGCAGUAUCCCUUUAAUUUUCAAGUUCAUGAAAUGCAUCAAAAUGAACUUCAGUUUCUUUAAGGAGCAGUAGUAGUAGGAGGUUGUUUUGGAGCUGUAAAGUCACUAGCAUCUAUUUUCUCUGGUGCCAAAUGAGAUAAAACUUCAGGGCACUGCCUCUUGUAAAAUAACAGGUUUUCUCUAGUGCCUUAUAAUGACUCAGAUCUUUAAUCAACGGGCUAAAGGGUGGAGGGAGUUUCUCUGUCUGUUUAAGGAGUUAUAAAUGCUACUGCACUCUUUCAUGGGAUGUAAAAUGCAGUGCUGGUGAAGAUACUUAAAAUAAUGCCAAGGUAGGCCAGGAUGUCAGAGAGCUUUUUGAAAACUGAUCAUGGGGAAUUUAUUUAGUUCUGGACAGAAUUAAAACAUAUAUGAGAUGGUUGACAAUGUAAAAAUAAAGUUUAAAAUGAUGCCACAGUGAAGAAUAGAUCUAACUCAAAUAUUUCAUGUGGAAAAAGUUCCCUACAAGAUACUAUAGUUACCUCUGAGCCAUAUUAGUAUGCAUUUAUCUUUGUGAAACAGCAGUACACAAACUAUGCAGAUAGUGUAUGUAUGUUCAUGCAGGAUACAACAAUAUUAGAGGCUGAUACUGACAGAGAGAUGAAAGCCUCAGUGAGAGAGAGGGUGAGAGAUGCAGCAGCAGCAGGAGGAGGAGAAAUACGAGAGCGAUACUGCGGUUUCUGAAACUCAGAGCUCUCCAGAGAAUCCAUCACAUAUGGUACAAACUCUUCAAAGAUCCUUUCAUGGGCGUUACCAUAGCAAAUCAGCCAUGCCAGGGAGUAACUGUGUGUGAUUUAUCAUUAGAGCCGUGCAUGCUGGGAAAGUAAAACCAAUCAGGGUCGGCUCCCAUUAAUCAUUCAAGUCUCUCUCUCUGUUUUCUUGCUGCGUCAUGUGAUGGAAAACUGAGAUAGAAGCUGCAGAGGGAGAUCAUAGACUCCGCCUCAGGCCUCUCUGUGUGUCUGCUAAUUGCAUACAUUAAACUGAAUGUGUUGGAUGCCACAGUAGUGUGUCUGCUGUGUGGUUCUCUGCCCUGAGGGAGAAGCGUAUUGAUCCGACUUUCUCUCAGACUUUGAUUUCAUUGUUGUGGCUGCAGCUGAACAGAUAACAGUGCUGGAUAUCUGCAGAUCUGACAGUGAUACUCAUGCUAAUCCCGAAGAGCGCCAGAAAUGUUGUCAAUAUCUCUGUCCCCUGUCCCCUGUCUGUCCUCCUCUUAGGUUUGGUGCAUGUUGGAGAUGAACUCAGGGAGGUCAAUGGAGUUUCUGUGAUCCACAAGAGACCAGAUGAGAUCAGUCAGCUGCUGGUAAGAAGGAGAAUACUUUCGCUUUGGGCUCUCACUGAUUAAAAGAAAAGGUAAAGCCUGAAAGAAAGUUUAAUUAGGUUUACUUGUACUCCACCAAUCCCCUUUACAGUGAUUGUAAGACAAAUAAUAGUAUAGGCUUUUACGUAAAAGAAAAGGCAGCUAUGAUAGACUGAAAAAGAAAACUGAUCCGUGUGAGAAGUCUGAGAUCUGUUUGUCAUUCAAGAAAGGACAGGAUCAGCAUGUCGAAACAGCUGCUUUCUGUUUAUAACAACAUGACCAAUGUUGAACCGAGAGGCUGAAAAUAAUACAUAAGUGAUCAUGAGGUCAGAACGUAAUUAAUCAUAAAUUUACUCUCGCAAGCCACUUUAUUAGGUACACCUGUUCAAUUGCUUGUUGACACAAAUAGCUAAUUAGCCAAUCACAUGGCAGCAACUCAGUGCAUUCAGGCAUGUAGACUUGGUCUAGACUCUAGACAACUUGCGAAAUCCAAACUGAGCAUCAGAACUAGGAAAAAAGGAUUGGAAGGAAAAAGAGAAAAUAUCCAAUGUGUAGCAGUUGUGCAGUUAAAAAUGUCUUGUAGAUGUUAGAGGUCAGAGGAGAAUGGGCAGACUGGUUAGAGAUGAUGGAAAGGCAGCAAGAAGUCAAAUAAACACUGGUAUGCAGAAUAGCAUCUCUGAACGUCCAACACGUCCAACUUUGAAGCAGAUGAGCUACAGCAGCAGAGGACCACUUGUAUCAGCUAAGACCAGGAAACUGAGGGUACAAGUCCCACAGGCUAACAGGUAGAAGACUGGAAAAACAUUCACUGGUCUGAUGAGUCUGGAUUUUUGCUGCAAUAUUCAGAUGGUGGGUCAGGAUGUGGUGGAACAGGAUUUUCACAUCAUAGAUGCACAGCUGGCAAAUCUGCAGCACCUGCAUGAUGCUCUGGUGUUAAUGGGAGCAAAAAUCUCUGAGGAAGGUUUCCAACAUCUCAAUGAAAGUAUGCCACAAAGAAUUAGGGCAGUUCUGAAAGCAAAAGUGGGUCCAAUGUGGCUCACAAGGUGUACCUAAUAAAGUGGCCGGUGAGUGUAUGUGAAAGUAAAGUAAAUUCGACAGUUUUAUCCUGUUCCUGUCCCAAACAGAAGUAAAUAUAGAAACUGGUAAACUAUAAACUUUAAAGUGAGUGAGGAUGGUUUCGACUGAGGCUCUCUCAGUUCUCAUUUUUUUAAGCGAGGGUGACCUUACAGUCCAUUAAAAGUUGAAUCCAUCUAAGUUCCACAGCAGGAUGCCUUAAUGCUUUAAGUAUAUUAGGAGCUGGUUUUUAAUUUGAAGCUGUGCUCACAAUCUUCUCUCCUCUUCACCCCUGUCUGUGGGUGAUCCAGUCCCAGUCCCAGGGCUCCAUCACACUAAAGAUAAUCCCUGCCAUUAAAGAAGAGGACCGCCUGAAGGAGAGCAAGGUGAGAUGAGGUAUCAGUACAACAGAGCAUGCUCAGAUCUCUGUGGAGAAAUGAAUAUUAUAGUCCAAGUCUGUAAGCACUGACAAACCUUUCCUAAAUUUUCAGUAUCAGCAGUCAUGGGUCUAUUUCCUGUUGAUUUCAGGUGUACGUGAGAGCGUUGUUCGACUACAUCCCCUUGGAAGACAAAGCAACACCUUGCCAAGAAGCUGGACUUCCCUUUAAGCGCGGUGACAUCCUGCAGGUGGUGACCCAAGAUGACCCCACGUGGUGGCAGGCCAAGCGUGUUGGAGACAGCAACCUUCGAGCUGGACUCGUCCCCUCCAAACAGUUCCAGGAAAGGUGAGAGCACACAGCGUGAGCCAUGCAUCAACACAUGCCAUCGUAUUACUACCAGGAUUUGAUGGUUUACAAACACAGCCCUGAUAUCGAUUUUAUUCAGCCAUUCCUAAUCUGUUAAAUCCACAUCCAUGUGCUCCACUUUGAGGGGUCGAAUAUGAUUAGAUAGAGCAUCAAAGCAGCAUGAAAAAUAGCUAAACACAGCCUUGAAUAGACGAGUGCUGAUACUGUUAGUGUCAUAAUCCAUCAGUAAGAUGAUCUCAGCAGGCCGGGAGAUCCCUGCCAAACACUGCAGCAGCAGCAUCUGUUGGAUUUAUAACCCCAGCUUAAACACAGAGAGAUUCACAGAUCAGAGGGCCAUCCGAGCUCGGUCAUGUUGAAAAGAUGGGAUUUCUGGGUUGAAUAAAUUGUAAAUACUGUAUGUUCAAGCUUAACACCCGCAAAGAGGCAUAAAAACAUGAAGGAAAAAAAGACAUUAAGUCUUCAAAGAAACACAAAAGCAUCACUUUUUCUGAGCAAAAACUACUUGAAUGAGAAGAAACACACACUUAACCUAAAGAGCUGGAUUUAUAGAGAUACAAAACAACCCCAAAGACGUAAAAUAUCUUACUGCUAAGAGACACUGAGUAGAAAAACAGAAAGAGGGACCAAAUUGAGGGGCACAAACACCAUAGUAAGCCACACAAACACAAAAGAAAUACACAAUGUGACACAGAGAGGCAAAAAAAAUGAGGAGGUGCAAAAAACUGCAAAAUUGCAAAUAUGAAUAAAAAAAAGACAUUUAGUAGUCAAAGAAACACAAAGCAUCACUGUUAUAAGCAAAAAUUACCUAAGUGAGAAGAGAAAUGCAGUUCCCCUAGGAGCUGAAUGUAUAAAAACACAAAGAAGAGCCUAAAUGAGAGACAUAAAGACGAAUGUGAGACACAAUGUGACCACAGAGAGGCAUACUGUCCUGGAGGGGAGAGAGAGAAAGAAAGAGAGAGAGGGGAGAGAGAGAGAAAGAGGCCCAUUACUAUCAUGAAGUGAGGCAAAAAUGCUGUAAAGGUCAUCAAGUUGAUCCAAAAUUAGCACAAGGAAACACAGUACCAUAUCAACACACAUCAUUCAAAAUAUUUGUAAAAUACUGUAAAAUUGAAAAACAAUAAACAACGUUGAAUCCAUUCUACAAAAGACAAAAGAAAACCGCAGAACAAGAGUUAAAGGUGGAUACAGACAACAAAAUAUACAACAAUAUUUAGGGGCAAAAAGACACAAAGGACAAAGAAAACAACCACAUACACACACAAAACGACUGCAGAGAAGCUACAUUGUGGGUUUCCUGCUCUUAUGAAAAUGGGCCUCUCUUUGAUAAAUGCAUGCUGCAGCCCAUUGUCUCAUAAGAUGUUGAAGUGAUGUAUGGUCCUCUCCUACAUGUUUGAAUCUUUGAUCCACCUCUCUGAAAACUCCUCCUCACCUUUGGCUUCCUGUAUAUUUAUGUCCUGAUGAUUCUCUUCUUGCCUCCAUCCUCUUUUGCUUUUCAUCCUCUGUGGCACUUUCCUCCAGGCGACUGGCUUACAGGAUGAAAAUGGGCACGCUCCCGAAUCCUAAAUCGCCUAAAAAGCCUGUCUGUAAGUUUCUGCUUCUCAGGACUCCUCUGCAUCUUCAGCAUUAUCUCAUAAUUACAACCUGCAGCAUCUCUCACCAUCGGCUCUCCUUUUUUCUUCUCAAGCACUCGGUCACUGUCACUAGAAGACAAUAAUAUCUCAGCUGGAUAAAUGCGCCUGUGUUUUCAUUGACAUUUAUUGACCUUUUUUCUGCUGGUAAUUGGCAUUCUCAGAGGCAUUAGCAUUCACUGUCCGUCCUCCGCAUGCUGCUGUGUAGACAUGCUUUUAAAAGGGAUGAGAGGGAGCUGGAGGGGCGCUGAGAGGGAAGAGAGAGAGGGAUAACAGAUAUGAAUUAAUCUCUUUCAUGUUUUGGUCCAUCUGGCUCGCCAGCUCGGCUUACGCGGAACCAGAGAGCGCUAUAACAAAGCCUCAACAAUACAUCCUUCUUGUCACUUUCUCACUCCACGCUGCAAAGGCAGCGGUGUGUAAACAGACAGGUAGAGAGGGUCAUGUGAGUGGCAGCUCUUUGUGGCGCUUAAGCUGCAGACGAUCUGAUUAAGCCUUAGCCAAGGGGAGACAACAAGAUCUUAGCAAUAUGGCAGCUUGCUGUACUGUGCUAUGCAAGCAGCAGCUAGUCUGCAGUGGGGACUCUGAGCCUCUUCAAAGCUCCUCCAACUCUCUGAUUAAGUCCCCUUAAAUCCCAGCAGGGGCGCUCUAAUGUCCCUCUAUGCCCCUUUAAAUUUCAAAUCCCAAAUCCACCUUCCAUAAAUUCCCAAAUCUUUCCUUAUAUUUGCGCAUCUUUAGCCUGUUUUAACCUGUUCUAAUGAUCUAACACUCUGUUUUUCCUUGUUGCAAACUGUAUCAGAUGACCAAGGAUGUGAUAAAGGUGGGUCCACAUGCACCACCAGUCAACACUAUUUGUCUGAAUUGUGCAGAAAUCACACAAAAGUGUACACACAGAGGCCUACAAGUGUGUGUGUGUGUGUGACUGUGUUUGUGUGCCUGUUGGGGUGUGAUUUUUCCAAUAUUCAUUCCCUCCAGCUUAACUUUCCCCUCCUGCUGUUAGUGAACCAGAGCAGAAUAGCGAAUUCUUUGCUUAGUCUUGUUUGUGUGUGUGUGUGUGUGUGUGUGUGUGUGUGUGUGUGUGUGUGUGUGUGUGUGUGUGUGUGUGUGUGUGUGUGUGUGUGCGCGUGGCGUGCGUGUUGUACCAGGUAAUGUUCUGACAGAACAGCAUCCCUGGAGACUUAAGCCCAACCCAGCAGGGGUUGUUGGAGAUAACAAUAGCUCUAUGGUUCUUCUUCUGCUCUCCUGUCUCUUUCUCCUCCUUCUCCUCAAUCUACUGCAGUUUUUUCGGGUGUUUUCUUUGUCUUUUAAAAAAUUCAUUCCUCUCUUUUAUUUGUCCUUUUUCAAAAUCAGCAGUCAUGGUUUUUAGAUGAGAUGUAACAAAAUGGAUUGGACUUUGUCGCUCUUUUUACCAGAGUUGGGAUCUGGCUUUUGUGUGUUUCUGUUUGUGAGCUCUUUGGAGAGUAAGGCUUGUGUUUGUAUUUGUGUGUGUGUGUGAGUGGGUACCAGAGACCCCUCAGAGCUUGCUCUUUCCCAGAUGAACGAGAGCAACCUUCCUCUCCUCUCCUCUCCUCUCCUCUCCUCUCCUCUCCUCUCCUCUCCUCUCCUGACUGUUAAAUCUUUCGUUAGUGGCUGUUGCCUCCGACAGCGCUCUUUCAUUAUCUCUUGGCUGAACUCUCGCCUCCUGCCGUCUGCCCGCCUGCUGCCUGUUGUCCGCCCCGCCUGCCCUCUCCAGCACCAGUUGCCCGCCCCUCUCUCUCCCCCUUUUUUAACUCUUCCACCUCCUCGACUCCUCCUAAACUCUUCCAGGUAUCUUUCCCUGUGCUUACCCCCUCUUUUCCCUGCUUGCCUCCCUACAGAGGACUGUGACUGUGAGGGCUAUUUCAAUGGACAGUACAUAGGUGAGAGCGUGCACAUCUUUCUCCACCUCCUUCUCCCUCUCUGCUCUUUGCCUGCUGCAGUCCGCUGGCUGUGCGCUGGUUUCCCCGGCUGCUUUUUUGGGCUGGGGGUCAAGUCGACCGCUUGUUGGGUCGAUCUGUCUGGGGCCAUGGGUUGAGGGAUAAAAGAAAGGGUAACAAAGGUCAAGAGACAAGGUUGAAGAUCAUGCUAGGAGGGAAAGAUGGAUGAUGGUUCAUUUGAAAAGAAAGAGAAGGGCGUGCAGAUGUAGAAAAAAACAACAAUAAAAAAACAACAUCUAUUCAUGUGUUUGAGUCAAACAAGAAGGGAACAAAAAUGUCCAGUAGGUGUUAUCAUCUCAUAACAGAUCCGCCUCAACAGUCUCAGCUGCAUAAAUAACCUCUCAUGAUCAGCAAGUAGGAUAUUAAAGCUUUGAAUCAAAAAAGGAAAAAAAAAACGUAAACUGUUUAAAAUGGAUCUCAAUUUUACCUGAAAACACUAAUGAUGCAUCCCUACCUAAUAAAAGCAGUCAAACAGCGCAAAAUACAAGUUUUUACAUUCAAAAAGUUCAAUCUCCUGUUUCGCUGUUUUCAACAGAAAACAUGUUAAAAAUUGACAACCAAAUGAUCACACUUACUUUUUAUGUUGAACCUUCAGGGUGCCCAGUAAAUACUCCCAUAACUUUCUUGUGCAAAUAUUAAUUUUCUGUGUGCACAAUAUAAUCAUUCUGUAAGCAAAAUAUAACCACCUUGUGCACAAAUCUACUAAGCAGAAGUAAAAAAAAAAUAUAUAUAAAGUAAUAAUAAUAAUAAUGAUAAUAAUAAUAAUAAUAAUAACAACAAUAAUAAUAAUAAUUAAUUAUUAUUAUUAUGAUUAUUGUUAUUAUUAUUAUUAUUAUUAUUAACAAUAAUAAUAAUAAUAAUAAUAAUAAUAAUAAUAAUAAUAAUAAUUAUUAUUAUUAUUAUUAUUAUUAUUAUUAUUAUUAUUAUUAUUAUGAUUAUUGUUAUUAUUAUUGCUAUUGUUGUUGUUGUUGUUGUUGUUGUUGUUAUUAUAAUCAUGUUUGUGCACUAUAUAGUUAUCUUAUAGUUAUUAGUGAGGAAAAAUAAUUUGUUUUAAAGUAAAAAAUAAUGUCAUUGUGGACAGAGGUUUUUGAACUUAUGUGCACAAGAAAAUAACUUCAUUUAAUGUGGUUUAAGGGUUCUUUACACCUUUUUCCAGGGGAUGUUAUUUAUACAGAAAUUAACAACAUAUGAAAUAAAGUGAGUGACAGAAAUCUUCUGUAUUGAAAAUUAAACAACAUAAAAAAUGUAAAUAAAAGAAAGUAAAAAAAAACCAAAACAAUAACCUAAGUCAGAAUCAUUUAAUUUAAUCAUACAUAUUUAUGAAUUUUGGACUCAUUUAUUAUUAUUAUCCUUAAAAAGCUGAAACAGCUCUAUAAGUUUUUACAACAGAAUUGAAUGGAGUAGAAACAGCUUUACUGAAUCCUGAUCUAUGCGGAGAGAGUCAGUGAGCUCCCUUUAACCUAAACCCCUCUCCAGCCUUCACCCUGACCUCCCCUCCCUCACCCCUCUGCAGCCCAGCCUUACCCUGUUUCCUCCCCUACAUCCUGUGAGCUGCUGGAGUGAUGGUCAGCACCACCUCGCUGUAACACAAAGUGCAAAAAAAUAUCAACAAUUUUUGUGCUUCCUGUUGUGCUCUGUGCUUGGAGCUGUAAACCCUCCACAUCCCUCCUUCUUCCUGGAUCCUCCUCCUCACCCUGUUUCCCUCCUACCCUGCAUCUGUAUAACUGUCCCUGCUGCUGUGCUACGGCCAGUGCACUGCUUCCCCUUUUUACCUGAAACUUCCUCCUCACUCCCCUCCCACACCCUGACCCACCCCCCAUGAGGGCCCUGCUGCGUUGGACGCAUUUCACACUCAACCAGGCACGUUUGCUGCUUGUUUCACCCUGUGUGGAGGUGUGAGGCUUGGGUUGUGUGAUGCUCUAACGCCAGUUAUAGUCUCUCCUAAGUGUAAAGCAGUGGCGCCCUCCUGUGGCCAGGUGUUUUCCUGGGAAUUUUACUCAGGUACAGUGUCCCGGCUCAUUCCCUCAGGUACACACCACUGACGGGGGAAAACAGGCAGUCCUGGCUGUGGGAUAACCCCGACCUGCAGCCUCUGAGUGCUGCUGAUGUGGUGUUUCUCAGGGCCAGGCUGUCCUGUGUGUCCUGCCUCAGCACUGUAGCCUCGUUCAGAGCUGCAUGCAUUGUGUGGACCAUGAUGUUGGAAAAUGAUGUCUAUUUCCAGUUACUGUAACCUAUUUUAGACUGCUGGAAUAAAAUGAAGUAAUUCUUUUACAAGAAGUGUGCUGUUCUCACAGGCUGUUAGAUUUGUUCCUGCUGCAUGUACUGUAAUCAGACUUUUUGUUAAAGCAUGACGUCUGAUUGGCUCACACAUCAAGUUUCUCACUUGAAGUUAAAUUGAGCUGUAUUCAAGGACAUUCACUGUUUACAAAGGUUUUUAAUGCAUGAUCAUCAGUCAGAUACCAGCUGCACUUGCCGCUUUCUUUAAAUGCAACAACAUUCAACUUGCAUCUUGCUAAUAGGGUAGUCUUAUAUUGUUUUGUGAUCUUGUUUUAAAAAUCAAAGUUUAUUACAUCUGACCCAAAUUUUCUCUCUGUGUGUUUCUCUCUCCUCCUGUUUCUGCCCUUGCUGCAGCUGGUUUACGCAGAAGUUUCCGGCUGAGUCGGAAGGACAGGCAAGGAUCCUCUGGGGAGGGCUCUGAUCCUGGAGACCCAGACUUCCUGACGUAUGAAGAGGUGACCCGCUACCAGCAGAGGCCCAACGAGAGGCCCCGUCUGGUGGUUCUGAUUGGUGAGACUGAGCCACUGAAAGGCCUACAUUUUCUCCUGUGAUGAGAGUGACACCUCGUGGCUGGUUACAUGUACUGCAGCAUGAAUAUGACCCAUGUCUUUAUAUUGUGUUCUGGCUUUAAAAAGGUUCUCUUGGAGCUCGAAUCAAUGAGCUCAAACAGAGGGUCAUCGCUGAAAACCCACAUCGCUUUGCUGUGGCUGUACCACGUAAGUUCACCUAACAUUUUUUUUUUCAACAGCCUUUAAUUGAGAACAAGGUGCAAAGUUACAGUAAUGUAAAGAGACAAUAUUUUUCGAUUUUUCUCAGACCACAUUUACAAACACCCCCCAACCCUCCCUUCCCCUCCUACAACAUCCAGUGCAUCCCAUUUUAAAGGGAUAUUCCGGCGUAAAAUUAAUUUAGGGUCAAACACACUGAGUUAGACACCCCUUUGAGAGAUCAGUGUUGCCGACCGCUGGCUUCUCUAGUUAUACCAACUUAAGUAACGACCACAGAUAGCAAUACACCGCGGUCUCAGUAGCCACACACAAACCUCAACCAAAAAGCCACUCUAUAGCCACAAAUAAUGCUCAGAACAGCACCUAACUUCAUCAACAGCACAUAUAGGGUCCCAGCCAUAGUACUAGCCACCCAACUUUUUUUUUAGCAUGGCCUAAUUUUUUUAGCCAAGAGACUAAACACAACUCACCUACUCUUCUCCAGCAGCCGCUUGUUUGUAGCGAGACCUUGGGCCAGUCCAUUAUGGACUACAGCGGGGUGACGCAGCUCAAGGAAGAACAUCUAUGAUCAUUUAUUCAUGGAAAUGCAAUCAGACCGAGACGCUAAGGCAGAAGAACUACCUCAUCUGCAGUGCAAAAUGAUUAUUAUGAUGAUUAGUACUUCAAGGAAAUUGUAAAGUAAUGAUCAUAAAUGUUCUUCCUUGUGCUGCAUCACCCUGCUGUAGUCCUGAAUAGACUGGCCCAAGGUUUCGCUACAAAAGCGGCUGCUGGGUUUAGUCUCUCGGCUAAAGAAAUUAGGCAAAGCUAAAAAAAAGUUUGGUGGCUAGUACUAUGGCUGGGACCCUAUAUGUGCUGUUGAUGAAGUUAGGUGCUGUUCUGAGCAUUAUUUGUGGCUAUAGAGUGGCUUUUUGGUUGAGGUGUAUUGCUAUAUGCUGUGUAUUGCUAUCGUGCGGUCAUUACUAAAGUUGGUAUAACUAGAAAAGCAAGCGGUCGGCAACAUUCAUCUCUUGAGGGGGUGUCUAACUCUGUGUUACGGUGUGUUUGACCCCAAAUUAAUUUUACGCCGGAAUAUCCCUUCAAGGUGAUUAAAUAAGUAAUUGAAUACAUUUAAAAACAAAGAAGGUUAUGAUCUAGACAGGUAAAGGUAUCAUUCAACAAGUAUGAAGAUUUUAACAAACGAGAGAGAGAGAGAAGAAGAAAAAAUAGUGGAAGUAGGUAAUUAGACAGUUGAGUGUGAGAGUAAACGGGAGGCCGUGCUUGCUGAGCAACAUCAUGGAUUAACCCUUCAGAGUGUAGUACUAGUGGAUUCAUGGGUUAUCAGGAAGGGUUUUGAGUUUGUUUAUGAAAGACAUUAUUGGGUCCCAGGUGGAGUAAAAAAGAUUUUUCAACCCUCCAAGUUUGUAUUUGAUCUUUUCAAGGCUCAAAUGGAGCAGUUCACCUAAUAUUUAAUCACUUUUUCAUGUCAGUAAUAUCAAACAUCCUGGAGUAGCUCCUAUUUUGUGUUUUUUCCACAGACACCACCAGGCCCAAGAAGCCUCAUGAGAAGGAAGGUGUCGAGUACCAUUUUGUCACCAAACAGCAGUUUGAUGCAGAUGCUUUAAACAACAAGUAUGUAAACACAGAUUUGUGAGGCCUUGUAGUGAGAUAAUAAAACGUUCCUUAAAUCUGAAGUUCUGUUUCUUUUCUGCCCAGAUUCAUCGAGCACGGGGAAUACAAGGAGAACCAGUAUGGCACCAGUAUAGAGGCUAUCCGCUCUGUGCAGGCCAAGAAUAAGAUGUGUGUAGUGGAUGUGCAGCCUGAGGUGAGGCUUGUGUUACAUAUGUAAUGUUCAAUUUGCAUUUGGAUGUAUCACAGCGUGUCAGGAGUUACAGAUCCUGCAGCAGCAGUUUGCCUGAACUAAUGAGGACUGACAGUCUCAUCAGAUCUGCAUCAAUGUUGGCUCUCUGCCACCCUGCCCCCUAUCUAAACCCUGUUUGUACUUCUGUAUGUAAACAUCCUCGGUCGCUGCAGGCUCUGAAGAGGCUACGGACCGCCGAGUUCAAGCCUUACGUCAUAUUUGUCAAACCCCGUGUUCCUGAGAGCAGGCGUCGACGCAGUGCAGCCACCUCACCAGGAGGGGGCGAUCAUGGCCGUGUAACAGUAAGUCAAGUUUCAGCUCAGAUAAUAUGAAUUUGCAGCUGAAAUUUUUUUCCUAAAAUUAAAUUCAGAAUCAAGGUAUCUUUAUUGACAUUGUGCAAAAGUACAACCAAACUUAGUACUAGGUAGAAGUAAAAGUAUUGCAGAACAGAUUAUUGCACCAGUAAGAAGUACAUUACACAAAGUUUCUAACAGAAACGGUUAGACAGAAAUGCCGGCGAUCCAGCGGAGUACUAAUAGUUAACACUUAGAACUCUGCUGGAUCCAGCUCCACUGGAUCGCCUGCGAUCCCACGUGACACCAUUAAUAUUGUCAACAGUUUCUCAAGAACUUACUGAACAGGGUUUCCAGGCAUUUCUAGACCUGUCACAAGGUUUACAAUCCAGCCACACAAAUAGGUGUUUGAUUUUUUUAUUUGUUUAUUUGUUUAUUUAAAAGGAUCCCCAUUUAGCUGACGCCAAGACGACAGCUAGUCUUCCUGGGGUCCAGACAAUACAUACAAGACACAAAGAUUACAAUCACAAUUACUCACAAUCUCAACAACACUGAAAAUACUUAUUAAAAUAAAAACAAUAAAUUAAGGAAAAGCAACAUAGCCUUCAUUUUUGUUACAUGACAAAACCUUGCUCAAUCAAGUAAUCAAGAUGAUAUUAUGGUGUUGAAAAGAAAUACAUUCUUAGUCUCUUUUUAAAACCAGUUUUUCUCAUCAUUUCACGAACCACAACUGAAAGAUUGUUCCAAAACACCUAUAAAAUACAGUCCUCUUCAUAGAGUCAGACUUAGGUAGGGGUAAAGUAAUCUGUCCACUCUUCGCCCCUCUAGUGUAAUGUGAAUGCGUAUUUGAGCAGUAAAUUAUAUUAUCAUAAAGAAAUGUAGGAGUCUGAGUGUUAAUGAUUCUAUGAAAGUAUAUUAAUAUAUUAGUAGAUAGUCUAUGCUUGACCAUCAGCCAAGCAAGACGAUCAUGCAUUUCUGCAGCACUAGUUCUUGAAGAACAACCAAGAACCAGUCUUGCAGCCUUGUUUUGAGCAACUUGUAAUUUUCUUGAUUAGAGAUGUUUCUACUUCAAGGAGUGACAUAAACAACUGUAUAUAGCAAAAACCGCCUGGGAGAAUUAGUGUAAAUAUAUAAAUAGUUUCUGUGGUGUUUUUGUUCCAAUCCCAAUAUUUCUUCUCCUGAUAGCCAAGACUUAAGAUAAUAAUGUGCAAGUGAGAAAAAGCUUGGUCACUGUAAAUGUAUGUGUUUUUUGUGCAAAGUAUUGUUGGUAUCAAUUUCUGUUUCUGUUUUUUGGUUGACUUUGAUGGUUCUGAAUCUACUGUCAUAUUCAUUUCACAUAAUUUUUGCUCCCAUAAACUGACAGCUGAGGUUGUCCUGAAAAAAAAAAAAAAAGAUGUGUUUAUAUUUGCUGUGCUUGAAAUGAUAGAAUUGCUAUAUAGAUUUUUACAAAACAAAAACAAAAAACAGACGGAUCAAAAAUAGCAGAAUAUAGCUGGAGCAAAAAUAGCAGAAUAUAGCUGGAGUUCUAAAUAUGAUUCAUUUUCCCAUGCGGUAUUUGGACUUUAGACCAAAUGAGUACACCUCUCUACCUGCAGAAUAAUGUAAGGGUGGUUUUAAUGUGCAUUACUUCUGGUGGCCAGUAGAGGGCCACUCUUGUUCAAAUAAAGUCACUUAAAAUAAAAUACAGUGGCUAAAAUGUGACAAUCAGGACUGAAAUGUUUGCUCAUAAACAUUCCCCUUUUCAGAGAUACUCCAUAAACUGGACAAAGCUGCGGUAAGCAUGUCCCUCUGUCUCUCUCCAACAGGAUGAAGAUCUGCAGGAGAUGCGGCAGUCUGCCAUCCAGAUCGAUCAGCAGUACGGACACCUGGUGGACCGCGUCCUCAUUAAAGAGGACUCAGCCAGCGCCUGUACAGAACUGCGGGGGAUCUUAGAGAGACUGGAGCGAGAGUCCUUCUGGGUGCCUGUCAGCUGGGUGCGGACCUAAACCAUCCAGCUUUUCUGCAACAACAUCACAACCAACCCACCCUGAUCCUGCACCAGUUUGAAGCUCCUCUCCGACACCCCCGCCCAAAAACCCACUGGUGCAGCCUGGGAGUCUGCAGAGCUCCCUGUCUGUGACUGAUACAGGGCUGCUCAGACAGCCAUGAAGAGAGGCACCAAAGGGAGAGGAUGAUGUCAGAGGAGGGCGUCAUCGUCUGGGCUGUUGCAGCGGAACGAUCACAGUCGCUCAAACACCUAAAAUUCACAGUUUCACUGUCACAACCUUGAGUUAUCACCACUUGGGUUCAGUUUGAAUUUAUAUGCGGACUUCAAAGAUGAGAGACUGAUAAUGGUUGGAGUUUGAGGCCGAUUUAUUCCUCACAGUGUCACUCUUUUUAACUGAGUGUGUCAGGUUUUAGAGGAGUGUCUCAGUCAGCUUUAUUGUGACUCUUAUUGGAGUAACUUCAGUAGCAUGUUUUUAAUUUGAUUUAACUUCCAUGCCAAUCUCUGAAUGCUUCCUGUUUCUGCAUCCUGUACAGCAUAAAGACCAUCAAACUGGACAGGGCGAGUUCAUUUAAGGAGUUAAGUGAAUGCAUUUAAAACUAUUCUCUCUUUUUUGCUGAACAUCAAUAUAAUUCCCACAUGGACAGAAACUAAACGGAAUGUGAAAAGUUUAUUUUCUACAGAAGUGUUUGUUUUUAGGAGUGCAUGUUUAUUAAUCUCAGAUGUAAAUACUGUAAAUGUUUACUCCUUGUGUGCCAACGAAUGAUCUCGUAGCACUUCAAUGCAACCUGUUUACCGUAAUUCCCUGGGAACCCACAUCUGUUUGUGUGUUAAGAAAAAUAUGCACAGAGUUUGUGUGAAUGGAUGUCACUGUGUAUGUACACAUACACCGACCAGAGAGCCUCCUUUUACAGACAGGAAUGAGUUUUGUACAGUGUCCUUGCACAUAUCUGUAUUUUUGACAGCAGAAGAAGAAGAAGACGAGGGUCCUGAGUGUUUGUUUGAAGGUCAGGGUUUGUCUUUGUUCAUGUCCUGUCAGACUGGAAACAUGUUGUUGUGAUGAGAGGUGAUAUCAACAGGUUUGAAACUGGUCUCUCAGUCAUAACCUCAAUGAACAGAGAGUUCAUGUUUAAUCUUUGUACUUGAUUAUCUUACCUUUUAGCAAAAGCCAAAAAUCACCCGGUUCUAGCUGCUCAUUUGGGACCGUUUUUCUUCCUUUUUUAUUGUCUAGUCUGAUGGUAAACUGAAAAUUUGAACUAAAGAUAUUCAUAAGAUUUUAUUUAAACUCCUGAAUUGAACUGAUUGAAGCUUUUUCAUGUUACAGGUCUGACAGACGGUUUAUGUAUGAUGUCAUAUUUGGAGUAACAGGGGUAAAUUCGUCAUUUUAUCAAAUCCCCUUAAAAGCUAUUGAGGGCGUGUUCACACUAUAACAUUAUUUUGGUUAUAAAUUGUUUCUUCUCUUAACACAAGUGUAAAAAUGUUGAACUUAAGGACACGAAGUGUCAUCCCUCACUUUGUGCAAAGGAAAGUAGUGAUAACAGUCCAAAGGCCUUUUCUUGUCUCUCCAUGUGAUCCCCCCUCUUCUCCACCUCAAUAUCAUUUAUGCACUUACAUUUAUGUCCUUAAUUAGAAAACAUCCCACUGAGCAGCAGUGAUUUUUCCACUCUUCAUUUACAUGCAGCCGUGCAUACGCCUCAUAAUCCUGCCGCAAACCGUUAGUCAAUUGGUUUAUUUAUGACCGAAUGUAAACAAACAGGAGGCUGUGGGCUGCAAAGUCUAAUAAAAUACCUUUUGAGUCGAGCAUUUGAUACAAAUAUUUUGGUUUCUAAAGCCAUACUAACACUAGCAUAUCUACCAUGUCCAGGUCUAAAAAAUGGGAUAUUUGGUAUUUGUGCUACUUUUGGGAUAUGCUAACAGUAUACAUUGUUUACAUGACCUGUUCAUUUGGAGUAUUUCCCUAUUUUUGAUAACAGAGGAUUAUAAGUCUGCAUGUAUUUUGACUGUGUGCUGUUUGGAUGAACAAAAUAAGGGUAAUUCGCACCAAUACUUAGCUUCAUUUGUAUUUAUUUAUUCAAAAAAGAAAGAUUUUCCUGCUAUCUGGUGACUGAAAUCUCAGUUCCAGUGGCUUUUUAUGACCAGAAGAUAACUGAACAGACAACAAAAGCUUCUCUCAGCCACAUAAAAGAGGUGAAACUCUCCUUGGAUUCAAGAGUCACUCAGAGUUUACAAGUUUAUGCCAUAGGUAAUCACAAAAUAAAAUAAUUACAGAGUAUGGCCUAAAACAGUUUAGAUGAACUUUGACCCCUGUUUGAGCAUGACCUAGAGAGACAGAGUAUGUAUGCCCAAACUUAGGCACCCCUGUGUUUCUUUUCUGCACAUGCAUUGUGUUGUUUUGUUUCGAACCAGGAAAUCCUGAAUGUUGAGUUUGAAAUGUGACAUGUACAAAGUGCCAUAAUAAAGCUAGCUGAACUGGAUGUUUGUUGAUUCAUCUGAAUAUUUACUAUGUUUGUUCCUCCUGUGACAGCCUGCCGUUUGUGCUCAGAUUGUAAUGUCAAAAUGUGGACCGAGUGUGUUUUCUCUCCAGCUGUUCUGGGCUUUAAUGUAAUCCAUUUAGGGUUUAUGAAAGUAUGGAAAAGGUCUCGGUUUGUGUCCUCAGAGGCACACAUCCUCAUGUCUCUGCUCUAUCAGCAUUGUUUUGCAGGCGUCUGGCUCAGGGGACAGAUUAUUGUCACAGUGAUAGAUAAGUUAAAAACAAAUCGAAACCCUGGGAAGAAUUUUGAUGUACUUUAGAGGUACCUGAAAGCUGUGAGUUCAAACUAUUUCAUUUCCUCACUGAGGCAGAGGAGGAAACUUGUUAUCAGCAGCAGCUGCUGAGAAGUUUUUGAAAUCAAGUAUUUCAGACUGUUUUUGAAUCUAUUUUUCAAAGUGACUAUUUUAGAGGAAACUUUUUAAGGUACUUCAUACAGACAAACUUUUGAAGAGUCGUGAAAAGGACAGAUUCCCUUAGCCAAACAAUAUUGCUGAAUUAUUGACAGGGCUUUAUAAUGUAAACAGCAAUUUAACAUUUAGCAGAGUCUACCAAAAAUGCAUACAUCCCAAAAUAGAGAUAAUUAAAGUAUUUUGAGUGUCAAGUUCUCAUAUAAAGUGCUCUCAAGGGUAAAGAGUGAAGGUUCAGAGGCCCUAAAGCACUGCAAAUCAAAGAGCAUGUGAUUGUUGGAAACGUGUGAAGAUCAGGUAAACCCAUUCUGUGAAGGAAAAAAGUUUGUGAGACCAUAAGAUCAGAGUUGCAUUGAUACGUAAGAGUGUGUUUGAUUUGCAGGUCAGAGGGUCAAAUGCAAGUUGACCUCUGAGAGUCCCUGAGCUCCAUCAUGCUGUUCUUCUGGAUCACUGCUGCAGACGUCUUCCUGCCAUGGACCUGUCUGCUUUACAGCUGCUUCAAAUACAUGCAUCAGUCUCUCCUCUGUCCUUCUCUUUCUUUCUCCAUCUCCAUCUCCCUCUCCCAUCUCCCUCCUGUUAAAGGAAGUUCUUUCUCUCCACUGUAACUUGAUAAAUGCUGCAAAGUGUUUCAUCCAUGUGGUUAAAGAUGGGAUGGGAGGGCCAUAGUCUGACCCUGUCUUUACAGGGGAAAUGGUGAAAUGGUGCUGUAUUAAUGAAGAUUGAACAGAGAUUCAAGGUAGACAAGUGAAGUCAGCUGGAUUGUAGCUUGUUUUGUGUUUCUUCUUGCGAACACUUAAUAAAUCAUUUCACACCAAAGUCAAAUAACCUCAACUGGCUUAUUUUCUGACUGCAUCAAAUUGUUCCUGAGGAUGAUUUUUAUCAAGUGUUGGCACUGUUGCAUUUAGGUCUAUUAUCUGGCCUGGAUCCCAUCAUAAUGUCUCUGUUUACAUUUUCUUGUGGACUAAAUUCAUUUGAUUAAAUAAAUAACAUGUUUAUUAGCAUUUGGACUGAAUGUGCAACACUUGUCAAAACAUUUCUGUCUUAGAUAAAUGAGAAUAUUAGUUUAAGGUAUCAGGAAAGUAUCAAUAUUACAUCUUAAAGCAGGAAUAGGAGAUGACUGUG